UUUUUAAUAACAAUAGGCACAGUUAAGUUUCUAGUAUGUCUGGACGCGGCAAACAGGGUGGCAAGGCUCGCGCCAAGGCCAAGACCCGCUCCUCCCGGGCCGGCCUGCAGUUCCCUGUGGGCCGUGUGCACCGUCUGCUCCGUAAGGGCAACUACUCGGAGCGCGUGGGCGCCGGGGCCCCGGUGUACCUGGCGGCCGUGCUGGAAUACCUGACGGCCGAGAUCCUGGAGCUGGCUGGCAACGCGGCCCGCGACAACAAGAAGACCCGCAUCAUCCCGCGCCACCUUCAGCUGGCCAUCCGUAACGACGAGGAGCUCAACAAGCUGCUGGGCCGCGUGACCAUCGACCAGGGCGGCGUCCUGCCCAACAUUCAGGCGGUGCUGCUGCCCAAGAAGACCGAGAGCCACCACAAGCCCAAGGGAAAAUAGGUCAUUUAAAGCAAACCUUUUAGUUAAGUCAAAGGCUCUUUUCAGAGCCACUC